AGUAUUGUGUUGUUUUAUAUAUAUAUACACAUAUUAGAAUUUGGUUAAGUAUUGAAUUGAAGUGUUUUUUCAAAUUGAUGUUUCUUGAGUAGUUAGGAAUGUCGUGUUAAAAACAGAACCAUCAUCCUCGCCCACUCUCUAAAAAAAGAUGUUCCACAAUUACAUAUCAAAUCAACCAACAAUCUUACCACAAAACUACUCACUUGGAAAAAAAAAACCGGCAAACUUUUUUUGUUGUUGGAAAAUUUAAUGGACGGCGCGAGGGGUUGAAGAAUCGGCUUGGAUGAAGAGCGGUUGAGAUAUGAAGUUUCAGUUGAAGAAUUCAAAUUAUUCAUUCAAUAAGGGCUUUUGAGACGUUCUCAAAAUUUGGAGGAGAAAUCUAGGAAAAGUGUCGCGGACGAAUCCGACUCCUUGCUUGAUCUAUGCAAUGGCUUGCCAACGGAGAGUAGUGAUACAGAAUAACCAUGGUGAGAAGCUUGUAGGGAUCCUGCAUGAUACGGGGUCAGAUGAGCUUGUUAUUGUCUGCCAUGGAUUUCGGUCCUCGAAGGAACGCAUUCCUAUGGUGAACCUCGCCACUGCUUUUGAGAAAGAAAGGAUCAGCGCUUUCCGCUUUGACUUUGCUGGAAACGGAGAGAGUGAAGGUUCAUUUCAGUAUGGCAACUACCGCAGAGAAACUGGCGAUUUACGUUCUGUUGUUCAAUAUUUCCAUGGAAAGGAACACACAGUGACCGCAAUAAUUGGACACAGUAAAGGGGGGAAUGUAGUUCUCUUAUAUGCUUCAAAGUAUAGAGAUAUUCAUACGGUCGUUAAUAUAUCUGGCCGAUUUAACCUUGAUAAAGGAAUUGAAGGCCGCUUAGGUAGAGAUUUUUUGCAAAGAAUUAAGCAAAAAGGAUAUAUUGAUGUCAAGAAUAGAAGAGGGAAGUUUGAGUAUCGCGUCACUGAAGAAAGUUUAAUGGACCGACUAACCACCGAGGUUCGUGCAGCAUGCUUAGCAAUUCAGGGUGACUGUAGGGUUUUGACUGUUCAUGGAUCAAUGGAUAAAAUUGUACCAGCUGUAGAUGCUUUUGAGUUUUCAAAAUCAAUUGCAAAUCAUGAUCUAUGCAUCAUGGAAGGGGCAGAUCAUGAUUAUACUUCUCACCAAGAUGAAUUGGCUUUAGUUGUUGUGAACUUCGUUAAAACUAAUCUUCAUCUGCACAAAGAUAAGUCCGAGCUGCAGCAAUGUAGAAAGCUUAGAGGUAGUCGUUCACGGUUGUAAUAAAAUUCCUUCAAGAUCAACAAGAAUACUAAGCACAUUCCUUACUUGUAAAUAUUGUAGUUAGAUUCUGAUGUUGUAGACAAAUGUUUCCCAAUUUCUAAUAAUAUUAUAUUUCUUAAA